CUUCAACACAACCAUGAAGCUGAUAUUUGCACUACUGACAGCCGGUCUUUUGGCGGCUCAAAAGACGUCUCGUGGAAGGCCUUUCGAUCUGGAUUUUUUCUUAACAGAAUAUGUUCACGUGCAAGGGCUACAUAAUGUACACGUGUUGCAGGAUUAUAGAGAAAACCCUUCAACGCCAAGGGAGAAGUGGUGGUCCGUCGGCAGUUUCAAUUUCCUUAAGAAGCAAAAGGAGGCCUAUGUUGCUCUUAGUUCCGUGGCCGAGAUGUCCACCAUGACCUCUUUGCAUGGCGGAAGACGCGGCAGUUAUAAUGUCGACGCUGUGGUUAUCGUGGCGCCUCUGCUUUCAGAUGAUGAUUAUGCAAUGCUUGGCGAGGUAUUAAACAAUCGACAACUGCGAGUCUACCACUGGCUGCUGCUGUGCGUUGCGCCUUGCUGGCCUCGCCUCAGUGCUGUUCUGUUCCCACUAGACAAUUUAGCUGUCGUCGCAGAGGUCGCCAGCCUGCGUGCGGGCGUGGAUGUCACCCUCUGGGACGUGUAUCAGCCGGCGCCUCACCUGCCGCAGCGAGUUUCAGCGCUCGGGAGGUGGCGCCGUGACCAGCCUCUCCUCACGAUGUCGGCGAGCGAUCCCGAAAGGGCACGGCGAUGAAACCUCGGACAUCCUCAGAGAACCCUGGCACAGGAGAACCAACCUCACCGGGCUCGUGGUUCGGUGUACAACGUUGCCGGGCGCUCCUCAUACCUACCUGCAGGACAACGCCGACGGAAGUGUCAAGAUCACGGGCAUCUACGGCGAUCUCUGGGACGCUCUUCGGGAGCUGUUUAACUUCACCGAAAAGUGUUCCCGGCCGCCCGAUGGAGCGUGGGGCGCCCUUCACAACGGCUCGUGGGCGGGCAUGGUCGGGCAGCUGGUCAAAGACGAAGCGGACAUAGCAGUGGCGCCCUUGGACAAGACUUACGUGCGGGCUCUCGUGGUCGACUACCCGUUCCCUCUCUCGCUUGAGGGGUACGUUCUCGUGAUCAAGCGACCCACAGGAUCGAACAGCAUGUGGAACAGCUACCUGAGGGAGUUCACGGCGGAGUCCUGGCUGAUAGGCUGCGUAGUCCUGGUGGUGUUGGCUAUGACCUUGACCCUGGUGAUGAGGUUCUCGCCUGGGGAUGACCCUGUGGCCGUCGGCGAUGCGGUCAUGGUCAUUGUCGCUGCCCUCUGCCAGACGGGCACCACCAUAAACUUCAGCAGCUACUCGAGUCGCAUACUGGUCAUUGCGCUUUUCCUCACAUGUGUACUAGUAUACACAUUUUAUACGUCGUUCCUGAUCUCGGCUCUGACCGUGAACAAGAUCAUGCUGCCCUUCAGAAGCCUCCAGGAGAUGUAUGCUAAGCAGUCCUAUACCUUUGGCUUCAACGGCGGUGGAUCAUUGGAAGAUUAUUUUAAGAGCUCGACUUUUCCACUCUACGGCAAGAUCUGGCACGAGAUGGUUGUCCCGAAUCCUACGAGCCUACAAGCAGCUCAGACCGGCUUGGACCAGGUGCUGAGCAGGCGCCACACCUUCAUGAUUAACGAAAUAUAUUUCCUGAGCAAGUUCUUCCACUGUGGCUUCUAUAUUCUCCCGGGAGAGUACUUCCGCGCCCCGAAGACUUGGCCGAUCCAGAAGGACUCUCCGCUCUUUCCCAUUUUUAAUUACCACAUGAUCACGCUGGCGGAGUCGGGUCUGAUUGUCAAGUCGUCCCGGAAGUGGAUGCCUCGAGAGGCGUCGUGCGAGAGCAACAGCGUCGACGCCAUCGGCCUCGCCACCGUCAUGACAGCCUUCCUGCUCCUGGGCUCGGCCACGGCCCUGGCCUCGGUCAUCGUGCUGCUUGAACGCCUUUCUUAUAAAAGGAACGUCCAGUCCCUUAAAAUAAGAAUGUAG